UCUGGUGAGGUCGCCAAGUACAGAUUCCGUAUGAGAGCGCUCCGAGUUGUAGAGGCAGACAGAAGAACACUGACACGGCCGUUGGAGCUGACUGACUGCUAAAUUUCAGUAUUGUUUCUGACUGUAACAACAAGAAGAUGCCACUGGGUCACGAUUGCCAUGCCUGGAAAAAGAAGACCACAGAUGUGAAGGAUCAGUAUGACUUCAAAGAGAUCUUGGGAACGGGAGCUUUCUCUGAGGUGGUCCUGGCUGAGGAGAAGGGUACCCACAAAUUGGUGGCUAUCAAGUGUAUCCCCAAGAAGGCUUUAGAGGGCAAGGAAAACAGCAUUGAGAAUGAGAUAGCAGUCCUGCACAAGAUCAAACACGCCAACAUUGUAUCUCUGGAAGAGAUAUUUGAAAGUAAAUCACACCUCUACCUUAUCAUGCAACUGGUAUCUGGCGGGGAACUCUUCGAUCGUAUCAUAGAGAAGGGCUUCUACACGGAGAAAGAUGCCAGUAAGCUCAUUCAGCAGAUUCUGGAUGCCGUCAAAUACCUCCACGACAUGGGCAUUGUGCACCGUGACCUCAAGCCAGAGAAUCUGCUGUACUACAGCAUGGAUGAAGACUCCAAGAUCAUGAUCAGUGACUUUGGUCUGUCUAAGAUUGAGGGCUCUGGCAGUGUGAUGUCGACAGCGUGUGGAACACCUGGAUAUGUUGCCCCUGAAGUGUUGGCUCAGAAACCCUACAGUAAAGCAGUGGACUGCUGGUCUAUUGGUGUCAUAGCCUAUAUUCUGUUGUGUGGUUACCCUCCGUUCUACCAUGAGAAUGAUGCCAAACUGUUCGAACAGAUCCUGAAGGCAGAAUACGAGUUUGAUUCUCCUUACUGGGAUGAUAUCUCUGAUUCAGCUAAAGACUUUAUAGUCCACCUGAUGGAGAAAGACCCCAACACACGUUACACCUGUGAUCAGGCUCUGCAGCACCCCUGGAUUGCUGGGGAUACUGCUCUGGAUAAGAACAUCCAUGAGUCUGUCAGUGCUCAGAUCAAGAAGAAUUUUGCUAAGAGCAAGUGGAAGCAAGCAUUCAACGCCACAGCAGUGGUCCGUCACAUGAGGCGUCUCCAGCUGGGCACCAGCCACGAGGGACUCAACCCCCCCCUGGCCAGUCCGUGCCAAACUCAUCUGCUUGAGGAAGGAGCAGAUGCUUGUUGCGAGGGAGGAUGCUCCCAGAACGUCGACGGCGGAGCUGACCCCCUGUCCAACUGCUCCUACCGCUGCCACCCAACCAGCAGGGUGUGAUCCCUGCACCUGCUCCACUUACUUGCCUAAUCAAUCCCAGUGACUUUCCAAAUUUUACCCCCUUGGUGGAACGGGAGGUACCAUCUCCCCCCUUAUCUGGUUAGGAAUACAGCGUCAUUCCAACCUCUUGCCUGCAGGGGGAGCAAGUCUGUCCAGGCUGAGAAGAAAGACCUAAAAUGGGAUGAAAGGAGGAGUAGGGAGACUUGAUGAUGAAGAUGAUGAUGAUGCACCGGAGGAUUACUUUUACAGACUGGAAUGGUAGUUUGGGAUGAGUUAAAAUGGGGAGAGGAUACAAAGGAAGGAGGGGAAGAUAACCUCCUCCACCAGCAUGUCAGGGGGGAUUGUUUUUUGCUAAAGCAGGACAGAGCUCGUUGAACACUGUUUUUACUAAUUUUUGGUUCAGCCUGUCUCUUUGUUUGUUUUAUUGUUUAUUGUUUUAUAUAUAUAUAUUUGUGUUGUCUUUUUAACCUCCUAAUCCAGAGACAAUAUCUGCAUGAUGAGGAGAGCGUUUCCCCAUGCAUGUUUUGUUAUCUUAAGAGAUAUACCCUGUUGCAGAAAUGCAGUAUCACAGUACGAUGCAAAUGAUGUGUGAGUGUUGCGUGCAAAGUUGCUAAGGCAUAGAGCAUUUUGAUGCGUUGCGGUAUUUGAAAUGAAAUUGAGUCAAAUCUUGUAAUUUUUCAGAUCUGCAUUCUGUGUCUUUAAGUCAUGCUUUCAGACAAUCAGUAAGAAUAGUUUAUGCAAUGAAAACUCCAUCUAUCGACUAUGUAGCCUUUUCUUGUGGCGAUAUAGUGCAGCGGUUAGGCUUUUUGAGAGGGAGCGGCUUCUCCCUUCUCUUUUUUCAACCCCAACCUCUUUAACCACUUGAGCACAGGGCUAUAUCUUUGUCUAAGGUGCCUUUAGGAUAUACAGUAUGAUGAGUUUAUUUUCAGGUAGCUUCUGAAAUGUUUUGUCAAAGUAUAGACUAUUUCAGUAACUCCAUAUUUUGUGUAUAUCACAUUUUAAACUUUAAAAUGCAGUCAUCAUUACAAUAUGAAACAAUAAUAUUGUUAAAGCCUUUCUGGAGAGCUUCAUCAGGAUUAUUUUCAAAAAGAAUCCUUCAAACACCUGUUUUUUUCAGAAAUAUUAUUAGUAUAUUGCCAGCUCUCUCAAUGACACAUAUAAAGGAACUGUGUUGAUGUAUUUCAACACAAAUCCUAUAGUACAUUUUGUGAAAAAACCUACAUUUGCAAACCAGAAAAAAGCAUUGAUCAGUGUGCUUAGCCAUACUCGAGACUAGGCUGAUUUAGUAGGAUUAAGUAUUUUGUGUGAAUGCAAAAAAAAAAAAAAGACUGCAGCCAAAAUAUGAUAUGCAUCUGUCACCAUGUACUGUAAUCGUACCCUCAUUCCAAUCCUUUUCUUUUUACAUUAUUUUACAGACUCAUGUCCUCAACAUGCAGCCUGUUUAGAAAGGAAACCUGGAUUAAAAAAUGUGAAUAUGCAUCAGAUUGACUCGCUUCAUCUAUACUGCACAUCCACCGGUGCUUUUUAUGUUUGUGUGUGCAUGAAGAGUACAAACUCUGUAUUAAUUUUCCAUUCAUCCAACUCUUUUUUUUUUUUUUUUUUAAACAUGCAUAGACAAACUUAUAGCAGUGUUUGCUCUUUUACGACGAUUGAAAAAAUAAUUUGUAGGAAAAUAUCUAAAGAUAUAUUAGAGAAGUAAAAGAAUUUUGUUAGAAUUCACUUUGUUAUAAUUGAGCGCUGUGAGUGAGGAUUGAACCAGAAAACCUAACAAAGAAAUCUCUGGAUGUUUGUUCUUGUGCUGUUCUUUGCUGAGGCAGAGAACCUGGAAACUAAAGAUUUUUACAUUCCAGUGCAAUGAAACAAAUGACGAUGAAAUACAUAAACAAGUAGUAUCCCAUUACCUCACCACUCAACCACCUUGGCAGGAAAAUAGCAGGAGUGAUAUGACAUACUGUAGGCCUACAUACAUUUCAUUCCUGGAGUUUACAAUGCAUCAGCCAGAAAGAAUUCAAUGAUUUGUGUGAAGGUUUCUCCUUUGAUCGCUCAUUAAACACUUGUAGAGAAUGACCAAUGUGUGAUAAGAUUGUUAAAUAAAUAUGUUGCCUUUUAAGAAAUGCUGUUUUGGGCUACAGUACCCGCUGUAUACACCAUAGACUGUAAAAUAGAUGCAGUGCAUCAUGGGUUGUUGAAAAGUGAUUACUGCUCAGUGUGAAAGCCAAUGACUUGUGCUUGAAACAUAUUUGUGAGUGAAAUGUACAUUAAAUCCCCUGCUAUGCAUUAUGAA